AUGCUUCCACGCGCGCCUUCUACAACCUCUAACCUCUUCCCUUCACUCCUCCCCACAGUUCAUCUGCUCAAACCCUCAGUUUUUCUCUCUAGACCCGCAAUUAAUCGAUCCUCCUUCAUGCCAUUGAUUAAGAACAACAAACUGUGGGUCGAACCUUUGAGAUGCUCCGUUUCCGUAGUUGCAGAGCCCCCUCGUUUGGAAUCCGCCGACAAUCACAAGCCUUUUGCAGCUGAGCUCUCCCGAACGAUCGUGGAGUUAUCCUCUGUGGGCACCCUUUCAACCCUCCCUCAGGACGGCUCGCCCUUAGGUUACGGCGUUCGAUUUGCUGUUGACUUGAAUGGAGCUCCGGUGUUGUGCUUGAAUGAGUUCGAUGAAAGAUUUUCUCCUGAUAAUCGGAGAUGUAGCCUUCAUGUCCAGGUGAGUGGAUACCUUUACCGGUUGACUUCAUUUGAUUAG